AAGUUACUCAUUCAGUCAUCCAGUUUCUUUCAAUCUUUAAGCAGCCAUGUCUACUCUCUAUGAAUUCCUCGCUCGCCUCUACACCGUAGCUACAGUUUUCUUCUGCCUCUUAGCACUCGAAGCCGUAAUUCUAUUCCGGUCGGUCACCGGAAGCAUCACCAGUUCCGAUAACCGCAACGCGAUCAGCACAACCGAAUAUCUGCAGCUGAUUGAAGAGAAAAAUCCAGCAAUUCUCUACACAGAAAUGCUGAGAGAGCAAUUGGUAAUAGAAUGCUCAGUUUGUUUAUCGGAAUUUUUGGAAGGAGAAAGUGUUAGGAAUUUGAAAUGCAAGCACACAUUUCACAAGGAUUGCCUCGACAAAUGGCUGCAGCAAUAUUUGGCUACUUGCCCUCUUUGCCGGACAAAGGUGUUGCCCGAUGAGAUUGUUGCUGAUUAUCAUCGCCUUCGAGACCAGACGGAUCAGUAUGAUGGGAGUGAUGAGGAGAUGAUUUUCUUGCUUUCUGCUUUACAUGGUAAUGGUUUACAGAGGAUUUUCUAGUUUCUUUCCUCCUCUUCCUCCUCUUCCUUGUAUAAAUUAAAAUCCACAGAUAUUACUCUUAUCCUUGUUUCUUCAUAAUGCUUAAACAAGAAAUUUUUGGUAUUCCUUGGAGAUUAAUCAUUUACUUAUAUCUUUACGAUCCACAUUAAUUGAAGAAAUUACUUUGUACAGAGGAUUAGGAUUUGUUUGAAAAAUCAAAAUGGGUGAUUGCUUUGCUUUGCUUU